AUGAGCUCUUAUUUCGUCAACUCACUGUUCUCCAAAUACAAAACCGGGGAGUCCCUGCGCCCCAAUUAUUAUGACUGCGGCUUCGCCCAGGACCUGGGCGGCCGACCCACCGUGGUGUACGGUCCCAGCAGCGGCGGCAGCUUCCAGCACCCGUCGCAAAUCCAGGAGUUCUACCACGGGCCGUCGUCGCUGUCCACGGCUCCCUAUCAGCAGAACCCGUGCGCCGUGGCGUGCCACGGGGACCCAGGCAACUUCUACGGCUACGACCCGCUGCAGCGGCAGAGCCUGUUCGGUGCGCAGGAUCCAGACCUGGUGCAGUACGCAGACUGCAAGCUCGCCGCCGCCAGCGGCCUGGGGGAGGAGGCCGAGGGGUCCGAGCAGAGCCCGUCGCCCACACAGCUCUUCCCCUGGAUGCGCCCGCAAGCAGCCGCCGGACGCAGGCGAGGCCGACAGACCUACAGCCGCUACCAGACCCUGGAGCUGGAGAAGGAGUUCCUAUUUAAUCCCUAUCUGACUCGCAAGCGGAGGAUCGAGGUAUCGCAUGCGCUGGGACUGACAGAGAGACAGGUCAAAAUCUGGUUCCAGAACCGGAGGAUGAAGUGGAAAAAAGAGAACAACAAAGACAAGUUCCCUAGCAGCAAAUGCGAGCAGGAGGAGCUGGAGAAACAGAAGCUGGAGCGGGCCCCGGAGGCGGCGGACGAGGGCGACGCGCAGAAGGGCGACAAGAAGUAG